AUGUUUAGAACAAAAUUCUGCUACUGCACAAAUGCCAAGUCUCAUUACCCAAGAGUAAAAUCUGAUUUACGGUAUUCAGAACUGCCUAAGAUGUCCCCGCCCUCAUCAGCACAGCUAACCAAGUCCCAAGUGCAGCAAAUGAGAGACUGGCGAAUAAAGCAUGGUCAAAGUGUUGCACAAAAAACAGUGAGGAAUAUGAGUACAAAAGACAACCCAGGUACUCUGCCGAUGAAUCUCCAUUUAACAGAGCAGCCUACAAGUCAGCCAUUUGAUUUCGGUAAGGUUGGAGAGGUCCAAGGAGAAACGACAGAAACAUUAGUUAUUGCAAGAAGGGAGAGGGGACGAAGGAAGGGGUCAAGUGAUCUUUUCAAUUCGCCUGGUGACUUUGUCUAUCUUGCCUCAGAUGCUUCACCUUGCAAAUGCCGAAAUUGUGUGUAUUGCAGCAAGAUGUAA